AACUUACUGUAUUAAACAAGAAAUAAGACAAUAAGUAUUAUUCUGAUAGGAAAUAAAAAUUGGAAAGAAAGCGUUGUGAACAUCAGAGGACCAGAUGGCCGGCGACGGAGGAGAAGCAAAGAAGGCGGCGGCGGCGGCGGUGCAUCCGGCAAUAGAGCCACUGUCAUAUCUGCUUGGAACAUGGAGAGGUGAAGGUGAAGGUGGUUUCCCAACUAUUUCUUCUUUCAAGUACGGCGAACAACUCAACUUCACUCACCCUGGUAACAAGCCUGUAAUAGCUUAUUCACAAAAGACUUGGAAAUUGAAUUCUGGAGAGCCCAUGCAUUCCGAGAGCGGCUAUUGGAGGCCAAAGCCUGAUGGAACUAUUGAGGUUGUCAUUGCACAGAGCACUGGUCUUGUCGAGGUUCAGAAAGGAACAUAUGAUGCAGAAAAGAAAAUCAUCAAGCUUGAAAGUGAGCUUGUAGGUAAUGCUUCAAAGGUUAAAGAGAUCUCUCGAGUUUUUACUUUGGCUAAUGAAGAGCUGUCGUAUGUGGUUGAGAUGGCCACUAAUCUCACCAGUCGUCAGCCACAUCUGAAAGCGUCACUUAAAAAGCUCUAAUGCUCUUCGGAUAAGGUCAUUUUCCGUUUCUGGAUCAGAAGAAAAUUAUAUAGCCGAGACCUUUGUUAAACCUUUCAGACAUCACUGAUUUUGGAACCAGUGACCUUAUUUUAUUGAUGUACAUUAACUUGAGAAAAAUUUCAUUUUGGAAUAAGAAUAUUAUCCAUCUUGAUA